AUGAGGAAUGAGAUGGAAACAUUGAAAGCGGCCCAGGAUGAUGCCAAGAAGGUAGACCAACGAGUAAAGGAAGUCUCGGCCCUUGCUGCAUCUCACACCCAGAACGUUCUAGAUCUGGAGAGCAAGUCCUCUCGAUUGAAUGAUCAACUCGGGAGUCACACCUCUGAACUAGAGAAGUUUUCUACGCACGCACGGGAACGACUGGAUAAGCUGGAAAAGGAACAAUCGUGGUUGAAGAUUCUACCAGACAUGCAAGGAAACUAUGAGGGCCUUAAAGGGCAAGUUAACAAGGUCCAAGCUGUCACGGACCAGCUCCAGUCCACGACGAAAAAUCGCAUUCCGCAUCUGGAUGAGCGGCUGAGUCGGAUAGAAAACUCGGCAGCAUCUACGGAAGCUGUCAAGAGGGCUGAGGAUGUCGUCGAAGAUGUAAAGGGGCGCAUUACCGCUCUCGAGGGAUCUAUAUCGGCGAAAGCUUCUGACAGUUAUAAAGGCGCUCUCGAAGUCUGGAAGAAGACUGUAAAUUGGCGGCCAUAG